UACGCUCGGACCUGGAGAGAGCAGUUGGAGUCUGUUGGAGGGCGGUUGGUCAGCCCUGACCCGAGCGAGCUGAGCAGCGGAAGACCCUCCUGGUGGUGCGUUGCCUUUUGCUCUGGGAAGAAGAAAAGGAGUCUGAGGAUUUGAACAGAGCCACAUUCCUGGAGAAGUCUGUAGACUGAUGCCAAACCCAAGAGCUCAGCAGCUACCGAGACCCAGGGGGUGGCCCAUGUCCUCUCAGCCGUUGGCUAGCAAAGUGUUCCUGCUCCAGCCUGCUCCCCUGGCAGUUAAUGGCUAACUAUGGCAUGGCAAAAUUAUUUGGUUUGACGGAUGAGAAAGUGAAGGCCUACCUCUCUCUCCACCCCCAGGUCUUAGAUGAGUUUGUCUCCGAAAGCGUGAGCGCCGAGACCGUAGAGAAGUGGCUGAAGAGAAAAAACAACAAAGUUGAAGAUGAAUCGGCUCCUAAGGAAGUCAGCAGGUACCAGGACACGAACAUGCAGGGAGUGGUGUACGAGCUGAACAGCUACAUAGAGCAGCGCCUGGACACAGGCGGGGACAACCACCUGCUCCUCUACGAGCUGAGCAGCAUCAUCAGGAUAGCCACAAAAGCCGACGGAUUUGCACUGUACUUCCUUGGAGAGUGCAAUAAUAGUCUCUGUGUGUUCACACCGCCCGGAAUGAAGGAAGGUCAACCCCGGCUUAUCCCUGCCGGACCCAUCACCCAGGGCACCACCAUCUCUGCCUAUGUGGCCAAGUCCAGGAAAACGCUGCUUGUGGAAGACAUCCUUGGGGAUGAGCGGUUUCCAAGAGGCACAGGUCUGGAAUCAGGAACUCGAAUCCAGUCUGUUCUUUGCUUGCCCAUCGUCACUGCCAUUGGAGACUUGAUCGGCAUUCUUGAGCUGUACAGGCACUGGGGCAAGGAGGCCUUCUGUCUCAGCCAUCAAGAGGUCGCAACUGCCAAUCUUGCUUGGGCUUCCGUAGCAAUACACCAGGUGCAGGUGUGCAGAGGUCUCGCCAAACAGACCGAACUGAAUGACUUCCUGCUCGAUGUAUCAAAGACAUACUUUGAUAACAUAGUUGCCAUAGACUCUCUACUUGAACACAUCAUGAUAUAUGCAAAAAAUCUAGUGAACGCCGACCGCUGCGCGCUCUUCCAGGUGGACCACAAGAACAAGGAGCUGUAUUCGGACCUGUUUGACAUUGGGGAGGAGAAGGAGGGGAAGCCCGUCUUCAAAAAGACCAAGGAGAUCAGAUUUUCAAUUGAAAAGGGCAUUGCUGGCCAAGUGGCAAGGACAGGGGAAGUCCUGAACAUUCCAGAUGCUUAUGCAGACCCGCGUUUUAACAGGGAAGUCGACUUGUACACAGGCUACACCACCCGGAACAUUCUGUGCAUGCCCAUCGUGAGCCGCGGCAGCGUGAUCGGCGUGGUGCAGAUGGUCAACAAGAUCAGUGGCAGUGCCUUCUCCAAGACAGACGAGAACAACUUCAAGAUGUUUGCCGUCUUCUGUGCUCUGGCCUUGCACUGUGCUAACAUGUACCACAGGAUCCGCCACUCGGAGUGCAUCUACAGGGUUACCAUGGAGAAGCUGUCCUACCACAGCAUCUGUACCUCAGAGGAGUGGCAAGGCCUCAUGCACUUCAACCUGCCUGCACGCAUCUGCAGAGAGAUCGAGCUAUUCCACUUUGACAUCGGUCCUUUUGAGAACAUGUGGCCUGGGAUCUUUGUCUACAUGAUCCACCAGUCUUGCGGGACAUCCUGCUUUGAACUUGAAAAAUUGUGUCGUUUUAUCAUGUCUGUGAAAAAGAACUACCGGCGGGUUCCUUACCACAACUGGAAGCAUGCAGUCACAGUGGCACACUGCAUGUACGCCAUACUUCAGAACAACUAUGGCCUCUUUACAGACCUCGAGCGCAAAGGCCUGCUAAUUGCGUGCCUGUGCCAUGACCUGGACCACAGGGGCUUCAGUAAUAGCUACCUUCAGAAAUUCGACCACCCCCUGGCAGCACUGUACUCCACUUCCACCAUGGAGCAGCACCACUUCUCCCAGACGGUGUCCAUCCUGCAGCUGGAAGGACACAACAUCUUCUCCACCCUGAGCUCCAGCGAGUACGAGCAGGUGCUGGAGAUCAUCCGCAAAGCCAUCAUCGCCACUGACCUCGCCCUGUACUUUGGGAACAGGAAGCAGUUGGAGGAGAUGUACCAGGCGGGGUCACUGAACCUCCACAACCAGUCGCAUCGAGACCGUGUAAUCGGCUUGAUGAUGACGGCCUGCGAUCUUUGUUCUGUGACGAAACUAUGGCCAGUUACAAAACUGACGGCAAAUGAUAUAUACGCAGAAUUCUGGGCUGAGGGCGAUGAAAUGAAGAAGCUGGGAAUUCAGCCCAUUCCCAUGAUGGACAGAGACAAGCGAGAUGAAGUCCCGCAAGGACAGCUUGGGUUCUACAAUGCCGUGGCCAUUCCCUGCUACACCACGCUGACACAGAUCCUCCCGCCCACGGAGCCACUGCUGAAGGCCUGCAGGGAUAAUCUCAAUCAGUGGGAGAAGGUGAUUCGUGGGGAGGAGUCUGCAUUGUGGAUUUCAGCCCCGACAGCAGGCAAAGGGCCAUCUGAGAAGCUGCCUGUGAAGGUUGAUGACUGAUCCCGGCGAGGUGACCGUCCAGCAACCGACCUUCAUCCUGCUUCUUCGACGUCGUUCCUUUUAUUUCUAAGGGGGAGGGGACACCUCUCCCAGAAGGUACCAUCACACACACUAGUGAAGGAGAGGACUUCCUGCCUGCCGCGCACGCCUCGGACAGUGAGCUGUUUGGGCUCCACCAUGUUCAGACAUCAGCUGUUCUGUGGCUCCACCCAACUCCUGAAUGACCUCUGUGAACAGGCCAGCAAUGCACUGGCCUUGAAGGUGGGCAGAGACCACAGGAGGGGUUCCUGUCUGGGUCCUUCCAUGAGGGCGUGGUCAGUACCCUGGCUCUAGGGCAGUGCUUCUUGGUGGCAUUGGCUAUAAACACGACACCCGUCCCUGUAGUGAAGUCCACGUGUGACCUCCCUGUUGUAGCCUGGGACACAGGUAAUGAAGGGUCACAGCCCACAGGCAGUUGAGGAAUUCAAGUUGUCGAUUUUAGGCAGACUAAAGGUGUGUUCUUUCAGUUUAUUCUGGGGCACGUAGGUGAGUUGGCUCCGCCUAAGGAAGCAGACAUCCGUCCUUCGUCAAGGAGACACAGGGUACAUCCCAGGCAUCCGAGAACCUCAGCUCUCAGUCCAAACCAUGUCAGAGAAUUAAAACACGUUCCCCUUGCUGUAGACUGUAGCCUUUGGCAACUUUAGCCACAGAGAAAAUAAAAGUGAGGCAUCUGAAUUUCCUUUGCAGCAAGAAAAACCUUGUGAGUAAAAUAAUACGUUAAUUUUCCCAUUUCUUUAAGUUUUGACUGUGUGUUAUGGCAGCAUUUUAGUCACAUCCAAACUGAAAGAUUAUUCUAAAUGACACCCCAUCCCAUGCUGUCCUCCCCUCAGAGGCACCAACAGUGCAGCCUCAGUGGCAUGGGAUUGCGAUCUCUCCCCUCACUGUGCAGUCCGGCCCAACAGGAGGAGGUGCAGGGCCGCCACGCUGACCCUUGAUCAUGACUUCUCUGCCACGCUCAUAUCCGGAGUGCUCCACAAAGAUCCCCAUGUGUGAUUCGUUCUUGUGUGUGACCUUCCAGUAACUGCUGCUGGGUGAAGUUAGAGAAGCCGACAGAGCCCCGGGCCCUUCCUGCUGCAUCUGAGGAGGUUACCCGUUCAGCCACGAGGAUGUUCAGGACGGUGGCAGGGAGACCAGAGAACCCGGGCUUGGUUGUUCUCGCUUAGCGAGUGAGUCUUGGGAAGUCAGAGACUGGUCAGAACAAAGGGCUCUCUUACCGCUCUGCCGGGAGGGUGAAAAGUUGCUUUGAAAUGCAUUUUCAAAAUUGGCUUUGAUAACUCGAUACUGUACACACCACUGCUUAUAGGAGCUUGACAUCAGCAAAAACCUAUUGGGGUUUCUUCUACAUAUUGAUUUAUGUUGUAGCAGAGCGGCUGAACACAAACCUUGUUCUCAUUUCCUAUUAACACCAUGUGUUCCUUUUUCCCGCAGGCUUCUAAAAAGCCACCAUCUCCCCUCCAUGACAUUGAUUUUCUGUUGUCACCGUAUCAGGUAAAAGGUGAUGCCAGUGACUGCCAGGGCUGGGCACACACCUGCACAUGUAGUAUGCAUGGUGUGGGCACAAACACACAGAUGUAUAUAUGGUACACAUGUGAUACAAAAGGAAAGAAAGAAGCAAGCACUUAUAAUAAAAAUGGCAGUGGUUUUCCACGUUGGGAAACGAGAACAUGAAUGGAAGUGUGGCUUCUGUAAGUGUUCACAGGCAGAAGGUCGUAGCAAGUCCUUUUCCUCAUGCAGACAGGCGGCACUAGAUUCAACAAAAAGCCACUUUACCCACACACGUUGACAGAUCAUCUCCCUUGGAAGCUGGACUGCAGCAAGGGGCAGGAUUGGGAUGCUUGUUUCAUUCUGGCAUUUUGAAGGAAUGCAUGAAUUCUGUUUUCAAGUUUGGCAAAGGAUCCUGGUCAUGGGAAUUCUGUGGCUGCUUUAGCAUUUCAUGGUGGAUGUGGUAGUAAGAAUAUUACAGAAAUCUCUCUCAGUUUGACCUAGCCAAGAAUAUUGUAUUGUGUGGCCUCUACUGGGGCAGUUGUGCAGAGGAACCUGCUGGGGAUUUGCUGGCUGGACAAUCUCAUGAAAUACUGCCAUAUGAGAAGCAGUUUGGAUAAAAGAUGAUAG